AUGGACGUUGGGGUCGUUGACUUGGUGGAAGACUUUGAAGGCGGAGGAGAUAUUCCGGCGGAGGGAGUAAGAGCAAAAGGAUAUUUGGUAGUCGAUAACGAUUCAGAUUUUGAAACAGAGAAACCAAGCGAUGCAGACAUGGAUCUCAGGUCUGAUGAAAAAGAUGUUAAUGAUAACGAUGUUAAUGAUAACGAUGUAAUGGGAAAGGUUUUUGAUACUCCUAAUGAUGCAUAUGAUUUCUACAAUCGCUAUGCGUUUUUACAUGGAUUUGGAAUACGUAUUCAUACAGCUUUUAAAAAUAAAACAACAAAUGAGCCCUAUCGGAGAAAAUAUGUAUGCAACAAACAGGGAUUUAAAGAUUUGAAGUGUAAUAGUUCUACAGGAGAUGUUAAAAAGCGUCGUAGAGACUUAAGAACCGGCUGCGAAGCGUUUAUUCGGAUUUCAAAAAGUAAAGACGGGAAAUGGUUUGUGGAUUAG